GUCGUAUGAUCUAUUUGGCAGUACCCACGCGGCUCAUUGCGCAGUACACGGUGUCCGCCGGUGUGCCCCCUGGCGCUUCCCUAGCGUGCAUUCUGCAGUCACUCCCCGCUCUUUUCCAUGGUUGUUUGGCACGCAAACAGAUGGUUUCUGCGGCUAAACUCCAUCACUUCAUUCUCGCGAAUUUCUGGUGCUGGAUGCCGUCAGAAGAAAAUAGCGCCAUGCUAUUAUUCUCAAGCCACGUCGGCAACAAGUGUAUCGGAUAGCGAUUCUGUGAAUCAGGUCCCAGUCAUCGAAUUCAACAAUCCUAAGGUCGCGCAUGCCUCGAAAACUAACCUGGAGCUACUUCGUGGAAUCAUAGUAUUCGGGAUGUGCAGCAUUUCCCCGCUUGUCAAAUAUAACAAGCAGGUACAGAAUUUACAUGCAUGCGCUAACAGAUUUAGCUCAUGGAACUUAGCCGAAAGGUGUUUGGCAGAUCCAUGUUUCGCCUAUUGAUGCGAGGCACAAUUUACGGCCAUUUCGUUGCUGGAGAAAGCCGUGAACAUAUCGAACCUGUCGUUCGGCGACUAAGAAAGUAUGGUGUCAAGUCAAUCCUUGACUACAGUGUCGAGAAGGAUGUUGGGGAGUCAGAAGCGGUAGAGAAAGCAAGAGGGGGUCUGGAAGAAGUCGUUCGAGGACCUGUCGUACGCCCUGCUGCGGCAACAAAGCAAUACCAAACUAGUCUCCAAUUCGCCAACAGAUCUCAGAAUGUUGUGGCUGCUCGUACUUACUUUUACGAGUCGGAAUACCAGUGUGAUCGGAAUAUGGAAGUGUUCCUGCAGUGUUUAGAUUACGUUUCGGGGUCAACCGAAAAGGAGGGUUUUGCGGCUAUUAAAGUCACUGCAUUGGGUCGCCCUCAGUUGUUGCUUCAAAUGUCGGACUUUUUAGUCCAGAUGAAACGUUUGUUCAAUUUAUUGUUAGCUGCGGAUGAUGGAAAUCUACAAAACCAAACAAGUCAACUCCGUACUCUUGAUGUCAACAACUUCCGACAAAGACUCGAACGACUUGGGGUCAAAAUAUCCUACGAUGAUAACCUGAAGUGGUUUACACUUUUGGAUGUUUCUGGGGAUGGGGUCGUCGACCUGUUGGAUUGGAGCCACCUAAAGUCAUUCGAACAUGAUCUGGCUGCUAUAUUCACUGUGAAGAAUCGAGAGACAGGAAAGCUCGAACAGUUGGUUCCAACCCUAACUCCAGAUGGUUUAGAGCAGAUGAGGAACAUGCUUCGGCGAAUGGAUACGAUUGCAACGUACGCCAAAUCGGUCGGAGUGCGUGUGAUGGUAGAUGCAGAGCAGUCCUAUUUUCAACCGGCAAUCCGUCGCUUAACAAUGGAGAUGAUGAGGUUGUUCAAUAAGGAUGGUGCUGUGAUGUUCAAUACCUACCAAUGCUACCUGAAGGAUGCAUAUGACCUGCUUCAGCAAGAUUUGAACCAUUCCGAAGUCGAAGGGUUUCAUUUCGGCGCCAAGCUUGUUCGAGGAGCUUACAUAGACCAGGAGCGUGCACGUGCUCGCGCGCUGGACUAUGAAGAUCCGAUUUGCCCCACUUACGAUGCUACCACGAAAAUGUACAAGUCUUGUGUACUCGGGGUGUUAGAUGCCAUCAAGCAGCGCCCGCUGGGUCAUGUGUCCGUAAUGAUGGCAACCCAUAACGAGGACAUGGUUCGCUUCGUGCUGGAGAAAAUGAAUGAGUACAGUGUAACGCCAGAGCAACGGCUCAUUUGUUUUGGACAACUCCUCGGGAUGUGUGACCACGUCAGUUUUACUCUCGGUCAGCGAGGAUACUCCGUCUACAAGUAUGUACCAUACGGACCAAUAGAGGAUGUUCUUCCGUACUUAUCCAGACGUGCCCUAGAAAACGGUUCAAUGCUUUCCAAGGCGAAGCUCGAACGCCAAACCAUGUGGAGUGAGCUAAAACGCCGCUUAAAACAGGCGACUGGACAUGUGGAGAUUUCGCGUAACCCUCCUCGUGUCGUCAUCUAUCAAUACUACCUUCAUGGACCUUGUUAUUCAGAAUUUAUAGAGGUUAUUUGGUACACUGAAGAAUUUCAUCUAACGACAUUCCCAUACAAUGCGCUUAUUUUUUUAACUUUACAAGAACCAGGUGGAUGGGAUUUGAGUUUCGAUUAUGCCGUCGAAGUGGAUGGUUGGUGGCUUGGUUCAUUUAGG